AUGUCACAGAGGGUCCCGCAGGAGUUUCUUGAGGAUGCCCUUGCCGCCUGGGAAAGGCUUCGGCGAUGGACAGAUCUUAAUAAUUAUCUCUGCGCGCUUCGCCGCUCACCCCUUCACCGUCAGUUACAGUCAGAGCAGGGUCCGUACUCGCUACGCCUUGCACGCCGAGUGACGGAGGUGGUGGAUAGUCUGACAGCCCAUGAAGAUAUGCCUAUAGAGAAUGAUAUCACGCCGCGCGGAGCAUUAUUGGCGCUGGCCAAGGAUGUGCGCCUGGCUCUUUCUCCCUUGCCCGAGUCGCAUCCUCCUGAGUCGGGGUUGAUAUCAGUAGCAGCCACGCAAUUGCCCUUCUCCACCUGUGCUCCAGUGACUGUGGUCGCAGAUGCUACUCAUACUCUUGACGCCGUUGCUUCUGUAGGCAGUGACCCUUGUGGCGAUUGGAGUGUGGCUGUCACGCAUCGAUCCGUUUCUGGGACGAGGAUCAUGGAGGGGUUACAUGUACUCACAUGCCCGGGGGUGCAGUUGCGCCUUGAGAUUGCGGUUGCGCGGUUGCGGGAACGGCUCAAGGAGGAGGUGGUGGGUGGGAUCAAUUGGGAGGCGUUUCCCCACACACCCAAGGAGCUGCAGGCGUUGCGGGCCACAACAAUGCUCCUAGAUGACUUUGAGGCGUUUUAUCGUUGUCUGCUUGCCACAUUUCCGUGCGCCCGGGUCAUGGGUUCCUCACACGUCCCAGUGGCGCUAUUGCCGGUGUUGUACGAGCUGUACUACCAGGUGGGGGAGUGGGUGCUGGAGACGGAGUUCACCGCACGGGCAAAGCCAGGUGCACGAGUUCAAUCGUUCGAGCGAAAAAAGCUGCAGUUCAUGUUGCUUCGCCCCGAUAAAGACUCGCCAUGGGGCUUACAAUUUAACCACAACGGGAAGUUGACGGGGGUGAGUGCGGUGGUGCGGGCGGCAAGCACUGCAGGAGAGAAGCUGCAUCAGUGCAUGCGCACAAGUAAGGGCGGGCUUUCACUCCUUUCGUGUAAUUCAAAGCAGGUGAAUUUUAAUGAAAUGGACGGGAUCCAGGCGACAGCGAAGGUGGAUGCACUGACCCCGAAGCAAAAACGCUUGUUUGCGAAGGUACAGCUUGUUUCUGACAGUACGCCCUCCGUGGAGCUGUUAGCGUUUCACGCCACGGGGGCAGAACACCCCUCACUUCCGCAGCAGCAGCAGCAGCAGCAGCAGCAGGAGCGGGGGCCAGAGGAGCUGCCCGUUGCGACGCUGGUGCUCCACCGUGACAACUACAACGUCUCAUGGGAUGUGGCUAUCACCCGUGACCUUCUUGUUGUGAGUAUCCCUGGUUGUAUUUUCUCACCAGCGGCCUUAGCGUUUUUUGCGCGUUACCCCAGACGGGUACGCAUCGCUGCGAUAAACGGCGUGGAGGUGACGAGUGCAGCCCAAGUGGAGGCGCUGAGUUCGACGAUCAACACGAUUGUGCUCGAUCUGCAGACUAUCCCAGCACCGUCAUUGUCAGCGUUGGGCGAGGUGCAGCAGGAGGAGGUAACACUACCAGCAGCCUCACGGGUAAACAGCAGUACGAGGCAAAAGCCACAGGGUGGUGGGCCACCAACGUCUGAAGAUGACGCCGUUCUCAAGCACGCUAGGAAACAGCCGCUCACAGCCUCUAAAGAGGCGGUUGCGCCCCCCACGAAGAGCAUCUCUUCGACCAAGGAAGGAGACGGGCAACGGGGGCGAAAGCCUGCUAUGCAGGAACAAAAAGUGAAAUCACCCCCUAAAAAAGCAAAUCCUUCCUGCCCACCUGAAAAAGUAGUGUCAAAAGCAAUUCUGGCGUUGCCUGCGCAGGACCGUGCGCCUCCUGUCCCGUCACAUCCUUCAAGAAGUGAGGCGCUGGAGACAGCGGGGGACUACAAGGGGGCCGUGCAAAAGCCAGUGCUGGAAGCUGUGUUGCGCGACGUGGAUCGCUCCGCCCUGUCGGAGAAGCCGCUUGUGCCCAUCCAUUCGAGGGAGCUAAAAACAAAAACUGCGGCGCCUGCGCCACAUGUGACGAAAGAAGAGGAGGUGGUGGUUGACGCGGCUGCCUCUCCUACUGGGUGUCGUCACAAAGGGGGGCCUGCGCUCAACAACACCCCCGUCGCUGCGGUGUUGUCUGAGGGCUUUACCCCCUCCUUGGAUGCAGAUGGGCCGGGUGAGCUCACACCAGCGGCUGAGGUUGACGCUGCGAGACAGCCUCCGCAGCCGCCGUCGUCCUUGUACGAGGAAGAACAAUGGCGACAGCUACCCGCCGAGCUGCCUGGUAGUGCAGCUGCCACCGUUGGCCCACUCGAGUUACCAAACAACGUGACACUAAAUCUGCUCACACCCGAUGAGAUGGUGCUCAGUCGUCAGUCCGCCGCGAUGAAGUGGGGUCUUUCAAUGGAGACGGUGGGAACCGAGUCGAAUCGAAGAGUUAGGGUGGUUGGACUGCCGCAUAUCAUGGACCAGCGAUGUCGGCAGCAUCCCUUUCACAGGCUGUUCACGUCUCGCGCAGGGGAUUGGGUCAUCAUGAGCGUCAACGGUACCCCAGCCACACGGCUGCCUGAAAUAAUGGAUAUCAUGAAGCAUGCGCUGCACAUGCAGAUUAAAUUUCAUAGAAGGUGGUGA